CACGGUACCCUGUUUGAGAAUCACCGGUCUAUGAUUUGGAAGAUGAGGUCCACAAAUGAUAUAUGGGGCUGUGUUGCUGUUGCACGCCAAAUGUGUUCCCAUGAUUUCUGGGGCUGCAGUGUCUGUGUGCUCCAUGGAAGCAAAGCAACCAGACCUUAGGAGAAAGAGAUCUUAUUUGUUUACUAGCCCAUACUUUAAGCCAACAGAAAAAGGAAACAGGCUCAAUAUCUUACUGUAGGUUCUUAAUUUGUUCCUCUUUAGCUAGGCAGAGUCAUUGAGAAAGCAGGAAUAUCCCAGGAGAUGUCUUUAACCCAGAAAAAAAGGAAGAAGAGUGAAAUUGGGGUGAAGUAAGGUGUAUUGCUCCAAUAUAGCAAGAGAGAAACAAAGGGAGGAGAGAAGUGUGCAGAAAGUGAGAAAGAAGAUCAGGCAAAAAUUGAAAGGAAAAAAGUGAUUAUGGCAUUGUGGGGAUAGAUCGGAUUUCAGGUUUUUGGUUGUUACCCUGAUGUAAUAAAAUAAUCAAAAGCAAUAAGAUCUCUUCCUCCAGUGGGCAUUUCUUUCUCAGCCCAUGGUUGCAAGUUUGAGAGAGAGUCAGUUUCCUCAUCCAGCUGGCAGCAGUCCCAUUUAAGAAAAGUUCAAAAUGGGUCUGCAUUCAUGGGAAGUUGGGGCAGCCCAUCUGAUCUCUAUAUUUUGUUGUUAAUUGACUUAGCUUGGUGGAAGAAAAAAAAAGUGAACAUCAAAGUCAUUCUGAAAUUCCUACAGCAGUAAAUUAAUGUGUGCUCCUACAGUCUAGUCUUCAUGAUCAGCCUAUCCACAGUAGCUGCUGAAUGUGAGAGAAUAGCACUACAGCAGAGGUUCCCAAUCUGUGGUGCGGGUACCACUAGUGAUACACAAACAACCCGUGUUCUAAGGAAUUGGAACCAUGACAGACUCCAAGUAUUUCACAACUAAUAAAAAAGGAGAGAUCUUCGAGCUCAAGGCUGAGCUCAACAAUGAAAAGAAAGAGAAGAGGAAAGAAGCUGUGAAGAAGGUUAUUGCUGCCAUGACUGUAGGGAAGGAUGUAAGCUCUCUCUUUCCUGAUGUGGUGAAUUGCAUGCAGACUGACAACCUGGAGCUGAAGAAACUGGUGUAUCUGUAUCUAAUGAACUAUGCCAAAAGUCAGCCAGAUAUGGCUAUUAUGGCUGUGAACAGCUUUGUGAAGGACUGUGAAGAUCCAAACCCACUGAUCCGUGCAUUGGCAGUCCGUACAAUGGGAUGCAUUCGUGUGGACAAAAUCACGGAGUAUUUGUGUGAACCACUCCGCAAGUGUCUAAAGGAUGAAGACCCUUAUGUACGGAAGACUGCAGCCGUCUGUGUGGCGAAGCUGCAUGACAUUAAUGCCCAAAUGGUGGAGGAUCAGGGGUUCCUGGAUUCCCUACGUGACCUGAUUGCAGACUCCAAUCCCAUGGUGGUGGCGAAUGCUGUGGCUGCCUUGUCUGAGAUCAGCGAGUCGCAUCCUAAUAGUAACCUGCUGGACCUGAACCCACAGAACAUUAACAAAUUGUUAACUGCUCUAAAUGAAUGCACUGAAUGGGGCCAGAUCUUCAUUCUGGACUGUCUGUCCAACUAUAACCCCCAGGAUGAUCGUGAGGCUCAAAGCAUUUGCAAGAGGGUGACUCCAUGGCUGUCUCAUGCCAACUCGGCAGUGGUGCUCUCUGCAGUGAAAGUCUUGAUGAAGUUCCUGGAGCUCUUACCCAAGGACUCGGACUACUACAACAUGCUGCUAAAGAAACUAGCUCCUCCGCUUGUAACCCUGCUGUCAGGAGAACCUGAAGUUCAGUAUGUUGCUCUGAGGAAUAUCAACUUAAUUGUGCAGAAAAGGCCUGAGAUCUUGAAGCAAGAAAUCAAGGUGUUCUUUGUGAAGUACAGUGACCCCAUUUAUGUCAAACUGGAAAAGCUGGACAUGAUGAUCCUCCUGGCCUCUCAAGCAAACAUCGCCCAGGUUCUGGCAGAACUCAAGGAAUAUGCUACUGAGGUGGAUGUUGACUUUGUCCGUAAGGCUGUGCGAGCAAUUGGACGAUAUGCCAUCAAGGUUGAGCAAUCUGCAGAACGCUGUGUGAGUACCCUGCUGGACCUCAUCCAGACCAAGGUCAACUAUGUUGUCCAGGAGGCUAUUGUUGUCAUCAGGGACAUCUUCCGCAAGUAUCCCAACAAGUAA